GGGAGAGAGAACGGGCGAGCGGCGCGCGUCAGUCCAGUCGAGCGCGAGAGGCCAAAGUGGCCGGGUGGCGGCCGCGGGCUCCCAACUUGCAGGCUCCAGUCCCCUGCCCCCAUCGAGCGCCCUCCCGCCGAGCCCCCGCGGACCCGCCCCCCCGGGCUCGCUCCGGGCGGGGCGCGAACCCGCAGCCCGCGCGGCCGCUCAACUUCGCAGGGCCUAGGCGGCAACAGCGCAGUGGCCGAGUCUAAGCCUCCGCCGCAACCGGUGGCUCCGGCCUCUCCGGCGCUUCGCCUGGGGAGGCACCGCCGCCCGACCCCCUGCGCAGAUCUGGUUAUCGUCCCGAGGCCGCUCGGCAGAUCCUUGGAUGCCACUGGACAGAAACUUGACAGCUCAACUCAUCGUUGUGUCAUAGCAGAGUCCUCAGCCUGCUCAUUUCUUGGGGAAGAGCUCGCCCACGUGCUGUGGAGAUGAACGGGGACCAGCAGCUCGAUGCAGAUCUUGGGUCUGGUGUAGAAGUAGAAGAAUUCAACUGGGAAGAUUAUCUAGAAGAGACAGGCUCCACCACAGUUCCCUAUGCAUCGUUUAAACAUGUGGAUAUACGUUUGCAAAAUGGAUUUGCUCCUGGGAUGAAGCUGGAGGUAGCUCUGAAAAAAGAUCCUGAGACUUACUGGGUUGCUACCAUCAUUACUGCCUGUGAGCAGUUGCUCCUGCUCCGUUAUGAAGGCUAUGGAGAAGAUCGAAAAGCAGACUUCUGGUGUGAUAUCAGGAAAGCUGGCCUUUAUCCCCUCGGGUGGUGUCAGCAGAAUAAGAAGACCCUUGAAGCUCCAGAAGGCAUCAGAGAUAAAGUGUCUGAUUGGAAUGCAUUCCUACAGCAGACCCUGAUAGGAGCAUGUGGUCCUCCUGUGUCUCUGCUAGAGGGCCUCCGUAAUGGAAGGAAUCCUUUAGAUCUCAUUGCUCCAGGAUCCAGACUAGAAUGCCAAGAUUCCCGGGACACUUUAAGCACUUGGAUUGUCAGUGUGGUGGAGAACAUUGGAGGGCGGUUGAAGCUGCGCUAUGAAGGACUUGAAAGUCGUGACGGCUUUGAACACUGGCUGUAUUACUUAGAUCCAUUUCUUCAUCACAUUGGUUGGGCUGCUCAACAAGGAUAUGAACUUCGGCCCCCAUUAGCCAUCAGGCAUCUGAGAAAUGAAGCUGACUGGCAAGAGAUUUUGGCCAAAGUGAAAGAGGAAGAGCCAUUACCCUCUUACUUAUUUAAGGAUAAGCAAGUUAUUGGAACCCAUGAAUUUUCUGUAAACAUGAAGUUGGAAGCUGUGGACCCAUGGUCUCCUUUUGGGAUUUCUCCUGCUACAAUUGCAAAGGUUUUUGAUGAUAAGUACUUUCUAGUGGAAAUGGAUGACCUUCGACCAGAAGACCAUACACGGCGAUCAUUUGUGUGCCAUGCUAACAGUCCUGGUAUCUUUCCUGUGCAGUGGAGUCUGAAGAAUGGUUUACACAUCAACCCUCCUCCAGGCUUCCGGAGCCAGGACUUUGACUGGGCUGACUACCUCAAACAGUGUGGUGCUGAAGCUGCUCCCCAGAGGUGCUUCCCGAAGUCAAUUUCUGAGCACCAGUUUAAGGAGAACAUGAAAGUGGAAGCAGUGAACCCUCUUUUCCCUGAAGAAGUGUGCAUUGCCACCGUUGCUGCAGUGAGAGGCUCAUACCUGUGGCUCCAGCUAGAAGGUUCUAAGAAGCCUGUACCCGAAUUUAUUGUAAGUGCGGAGUCAAUGAAUAUAUUUCCUUUGGGCUGGUGUGAAACCAAUGGCCAUCCUCUUAGUACUCCUCGCCGGGCACGAGGGCAUAAACUGAGGAAGAUUGCAGUGGUUCAACCAGAAAAACAGAUACUGUCUUCAAGAAGUGUUCAUGAGGGUCUAAAGAAUCAGCUGAACUCCACCCAUUCAGUGAUGAUCAAUGGGAAAUACUGUUGUCCAAAGAUAUACUUCAACCACCGUUGCUUCUCAGGGCCGUAUCUUAAUAAAGGAAGAAUUGCUGAGCUGCCACAAUGUGUAGGGCCUGGGAACUGUGUCCUGGUGCUUAGAGAGGUACUUACUCUGCUUAUCAACGCAGCAUACAAACCCAGCCGUGUCCUCCGUGAGCUCCAGCUGGACAAAGACUCUGUGUGGCAUGGAUGUGGGGAGGUCCUGAAGGCCAAAUAUAAAGGAAAGAGUUACCGAGCUACUGUUGAGAUAGUGAGAACAGCAGACCGAGUGACUGAAUUCUGCCGACAAACAUGUAUCAAACUGGAAUGUUGUCCCAACCUCUUUGGUCCACGCAUGGUUCUGGAUACAUGUUCUGAGAACUGCUCUGUCCUUACAAAGACCAAAUACACACACUAUUAUGGAAAGAAGAAAAAUAAGAGAAUUGGGAGGCCACCUGGUGGGCAUAGUAAUUUAUCUUGUGCCCUGAAAAAAAGCAGUAAGAGGAGAAAAAGACGGAAAAAUAUUUUUGUUCAUAAGAAGAAACGCUCCUCUGCAUCUGUUGAUAACACCCCAGUGGGCUCACCCCAGGGAAGUGGGGGUGAAGACGAGGAGGAUGCAGAGGAUGGAGAAGAUGACUCCCUAACCGAGGGCAGUACAUCUGAGCAACAGGAGGAGCUACAGGAAGAGGCUGAAGUGUCAGAAAAACAAUCAUGCUCCCCUUCUCCCAGCCAGAGUGAGAUGCCCACCCCAUUGCCCCCAGACACACAGGCCAAUAAAGGAGACACCCAGACGUCCUCACCCACAGAUGUUGAAAAUAAGCCUCCUUCACCAAAGGAAAUAAGGAUUGAAGUUGAUGAAAGGCUUCACCUGGACAGUAACCCACUGAAGUGGAGUGUGGCUGAUGUCGUGCGGUUCAUCAGGUCCACUGACUGUGCUCCACUGGCAAGAAUAUUCCUUGAUCAGGAAAUUGAUGGGCAGGCGCUCUUGCUCCUUACCCUCCCCACUGUUCAAGAAUGCAUGGACUUAAAGCUGGGCCCUGCCAUCAAGCUUUGCCACCACAUAGAGAGAAUCAAGUUUGCUUUCUAUGAGCAGUUUGCCAACUGAGAAGGACACGCAGACUGAGCUGGGUCUGUGAAGCACAGUGCAGCAAACCCUUUGCCCUGCUCUAUGUGGCUGCAGUAGUCCUGGGCUGUCGGCCUGCAAGUGUUGGCUUGCUAUCUUUGCACUUUCAGGGAAGGAGGACCCACACUGAGGAAGCAGAAACAGCACAAAAAUGGCUCUCCUACAGUGGAAAUAUGGACUUCUGUUUAGAAGAUUCCGGUUUUUAAAAAAAAUUGUGAGAAAACCGGGAAAGUCUGAAUUACCGUUAAUGGGACCUGAAAACAAAGAAUGAUGGUGUGACAGCUGGACCGCACUAAUUUGGUUAUUUUCAUUCUGUUCCUUCCCUCUGUAGAUUGGACUUUGUUCUCUGCUUUCUCUUUCUUGAAAAGAGAGGACCUAGCUUUAAGUCAGCACUGGUUUGGGACUGUGCCUGAGGCACAUCAGUGCUUCAUUGUCGUUGUGUUUUUAAGCUUUUUUAAAUUAAAGCAGUUCAUUUUGGGGAUUAUGAAGUGGCUCUAGGGUUUUGAAUGUAUAGUAACACUUUGAUCCAUUUUAAAAUCUAUUCUUAGGAGUUCCUUUGUUUACUACCUCUGUUGAUGACUGCGCUUACAGCCAUGAGUGACAUUUUUUGUAUGAUGCCAUUUUAAAGCUGAAUGCUAAACUAUGACAGAAAUUAGAGAAGGCACUGCCUGCUUUCUUAAAGAUAUCAUGUCGGCACUUACACCACCAGUCCCUUAACCAAUUUGUCCUAAGAAUUCUACUGUUGUGUCCUCCAUCAUGAAUGACCCGGUUUUGGCCACCAUUGUUAAGUGGCUUUACAAAGACCUAUGGGUAUUUCAGUUUAAUUACUCUCUCCCUAUUAGUUCUGAAAGGUAUUUAAGUGGCUUUUAUUUUACAUUUAUUUUUCUGUUAGAGUUAUUUAACUACCUCUGUUUUAUUUCUGGAGUUUCUACUCCCAGUGAAAAUCAGUAUGUGUUCUUUGGACCCACUGUCAAGCACAUUUUUCUGGUUUUCUACGUAUGUCCACGUAGACACAUAACAGAGAAAUGUGUCUUUGUAGAUGGCACAAAGUAUGAAGUUCCUUAAUAGUGUCCUCAGUUAUGAGUACUGAGAGGUAGUUGAGUCUAUGACCACGCUACCCCAAGUGUCCCCGAUCUUAUCUCCUCUGGAAAGCUGAGCAGGGCCUGGUUGGUACUUGGAUGGGAGAGGUGGUUACAGAGUCUGGAAAUCUCUGUCUAGCCACAUUUAUGCCUGUCUUCAGUUAAACCAGUUUAAAUUGAAUGUAGUUACAGUCUGAAAGAGUCCCACUCAGUAGCUCAUUCUUUUGAAGUUUUUCAUGUUUUAAGUUAAACUCAAGUUGACGAGAAGCUCCAGGUGAAUUUUCCCUUACGUGGCGUUGUUAGCUAUUCUAGAAGACUAGCACGUGCUUGACUGCAGCCAUGAAUAAGGAAGGACGUGCACACACAACUGCCCCUUUACUGUUCUCCUUGUUGAUGAUUUAUUUAUUUAUUUAUUUUUGAUUACCCUAAUCCCUACAGAUUUAUACCCUAAGCAUUUUUCCUCAAGAAUUGAAAAUGUUUUAAAACUGCCAACUGAGUAACUUCUGAACAAGUAUACAAAUAUAAGGUAAUAUUACAAAUUUAAA